AUGUCUCAAACAACAAAAGUAACCUCGUAUAAAACUCCUAUUUCACGAGAUGCUCGUAUCGGUAUAAUCGGCGCCGGACCUGCUGGAAUUUCGAUGGCUCACUUUCUCCGCAAAGAAGGCUACUCAAAUAUCACCCUACUGGAAUCCUCCUCUCACAUAGCCGGAAAAAGUUCUACCUUUACACACGAAAAUCGAAAUUAUGAUGUUGGAGCUCUAAUGAUAGGUCACAACUACACAAACAUAAGAUCCUUGGCCGAGGAAUUUAAUUGUCCAAUGGAGAAGUUUAACGGAAGUUCACUGGAUUUCGAUUCUAACAAAUUCAUAACGGAAAAUGUUGAUCAAAUUGGAAUUCUCACCAAACCAUUCCUGGAAAACAUGACUCACUAUCUGGAGGAGAGAAAAGCUUUUGAAGACAUUUCGUUGCCGGGUCACGGUGACCUCUCGGAAAAUAUGCUGUACGCACCAAUCACGCAAUACCUGAAAGACCGAAAGAUGGAAUAUUUACUGGAUGCAUGGAACCUAGCUUACACUUCUGCCGGUUAUGGUUAUGUCCAAGAUGAUAUACCUGCUGCCUACUUCUUAAAAUUCAUACAAAAUUCAGAGAAUACCAUCUG